UCAUGGUUGCCGUCCAGCGGAAGGGUUCGUUACUGCCGCUGCUCGCCUUGUUAGUCCUCGUCACAGCAGAGGACGGCCCCAACAAUGUUAACUCCGACGCCUACCUCGACACGCCCGGACUGAUUGAGAAGUACGGCUACCCGGUGGAGCAGCACCAGGUGGUCAGCCAGAGCGGCUACAUCCUCACGCUGUUCCGCAUCCCGCGCGGCAAGAACUGCAGCGUGCCGGGGGAGCCCGUCCUCAUGCACCACGGCUUCCUGGCGGAUUCGGACAGCUGGCUGCUGCAGGAGGAUCAGUCGCUACCGUAUGUUCUGGUGGACUCUAACGAAUGCUACGACGUGUGGCUGGCCAACGGACGAGGGAACAGGUACUCCAGAAACCACACGACCCUGGACCCUGACAAGAGCGAAUACUGGCAGUUCAGCUGGCACGAGCAGGGUGCAUACGAUAUCCCAGCAAUUAUCGACUACAUACUCAGUGUGGCUGGGAAGAGUGCCCUGAUGUACUUGGGACAUUCUAUGGGCACCACCAUCUACUUUGUGAUGGCGUGCGAAAGGCCGGAGUACCAACAAAAGGUCCAGCUGGCUUUCUUGCUGGCACCUGUCUGCUACAUGAGCAACAUCCCCAGUCCGAUCAUCAGGUUCAUCUCUCCGUUCGCAAAUCCCUUGGCGCAUCUUCUGGGCCCACUGCUUCAUUGGGAGAUACCACCCAGUCAGCCGCCAACACCGGAGUCAGUCGAGACGCAUGACAACAGCACCGUGGUGCAGGUGCUCGAGAUACUGGGCGCCGUCCUGGGGACCACCAACAUCAAAGAAGUCAACAUCUCGAGGUACGAGGCGCAGCACUCCCGGGGUAUCAGUGGGGGUUCCGUCCGCCAGGCGGUACACUACGCCCAGGAAGUCGUGAGCGGGCACUUCCGUCAAUACGACUUUGGAUUGCUACGAAACAUAAAGAAGUACGGCAGUACUUCUCCACCAGAUUACAACCUCAGAAAUAUAUUUUCCCCCGUCAUCGCCAUGUAUGGCAACGGUGACUGGCUCGUUGGGGAGAAGGAUGUGAAGCGCCUAGCCAAUGACACACCGCCUAAUGUCCAGUUCUACCGCGUGCCGGAGGACGGUUUCGCUCACUCUGACUUCCUCAUCGGCAAAAACGCCCCCACGCUAGUCUACCCUGUCGUACUGGCUGCCUUUGCCGGUGAAGACAUCGGCGCCAGUAAAGACGUAGACGUAGACACGGAUUCGACCAGCAGGACGUCGAUGCGACUGUCGGCGCCGACCCAGCGUUCACGGCCGGAGGGGAGGAAGAAAAAGAAAACGCAGACGGCGAAGAAGACAGUUCCUAAAGUCGGCAGCUCGCUGCGACGCAGGUCGGGCAGACACCAACGCUUGUAGAGGCGCCAUAGAGCCUAGUCUUUGAGACAGC